GUGUGAGGCUUCAAACAUUCUUGAUAGAAUUCGAUUUGUUGAUCCAUAUUUGGUAUCUUGCGAUCCAAGUGUUGACCAAAACGAACAAGCGAGUAGGUUAGGCCAGAGGUUGAUUGGUACCAAAAACAAUCAACUUGUUAUGAUGCCAUGCAAUGUAGGUUGGCAUUGGAUUCUUUUGGUGAUUGAUCCACAUAAAGAAACUGUAUAUGCGUUGGAUCCAUUGUUAGAUGGUACCCAUGUUGAGGAUUGGAAAAGCAUGAUGACGUUAGCCAUGAAAAUGUUCAACAUGAGCAUAGGAACAAGAGGGAGGAAGAAUCCUUUGUGGGAAACGAUCAAUGCUCCACAACAACCUGAUGGAGCACAAUGUGGAUUCUAUGUUAUGCGAUUCAUGAGAGAUGUCUUUGACAAUCUUGUAUCCGAUCACUCUCUCCCAUUAGCUACGUUGUUCACAGGAGGAUGUUAUUCCAAAAAAGAGAUUGAUGAAAUGAGGAUAGAGUGGGUAGAGUUUCUAAGUUCGAUUGAUGAUUGAUGAUGGUAAGUUUGAUACAAAGUUAAUUCUUUAAUAUUUUUUAGAUCUAAAGUUUAUAAACUAAUACAUUCAUAUUUUGAUCAUGCAGCUGGUGUAACUUUGACACUCAAGUAACCUCAUUUUUGACUCACAUGUAUUAUGAUCAACAAUAUUUUUUUGGAUUUGAUGUAGAAUGUUUGUAUGAUGGAUACUUUUUCAAUGUAGGAUGAUAAUUAACUUUGAAACUAAUGAAUGACCUUUUUAUUA